AUGUACGCAACAUAUGAUGCAAUGUACGCAACGGAGAAGGAGAAAAUGUCGGGCAGACGAUACACCUUCAUCGCUUAUCCUCCGCGACUAACCCACAACCAACGAUAUCUUCGCAUAUCCGCCACCAUUGGACAACAAACUAUGAUAUUCUUCUAUCCACUAAAUACAUUUCCCGUAACGUAUUCCCAGCUCAACGAUCUAUCAACUAACCGACAGUCAAAUUAUUGUUCAAGGAAACGACAAAGAGUUUCGGUUGUUGAUCUGGAUGCGAUAUGUAUAACUGAAGAACCAACAAUUCAUAAAGUAAUAUUGAACUCGGAACCAGCUAUUAUGGUAUUAAGAAAGGAGAAACCAAAGGGAAAAACUGAUGUUAAUUCGGAAAUGCAGACGAAAAUGGAGAACAAAAAUCUUCCGGAUGGGAACCAACGAAUGUGA